AUGUCGUUUUCGACGGAGGUGAAGAAGAAUCAAUAUCAGAACGAGAAAGAAAACCCUAACCCUAACCCUAAUCCAAGUUCGCCAUUGAAGAAACGAGGACCUCGGUGGUCCGAUUUAUGGCUAAAGCAUACAAAAUCGAAGCCGUUAGACCAAAUGGUUGUUGCUGCUGCUGCUGCAAUGCAGCUUCAGUCUCUCACUUCUCCUCGCAAAUCAAAUUCCAACACGUUAAUCCCUAGUUUCUCAAUCAUUGAUCGAACGCUGUUAUUAUCCGAUGUGAUUCUUCUCAAGAUUCUUUCAAUGCUGCCUGAUUCUGAUUCACAGAGGAAUUCUAAUUCGCUUGUUUGUAAAAGAUGGUUGAAUCUCCAAGGUCGGCUAGUUCGUUCGAUUAGGAUUCUUGAUUGGAAUUUUGUUUUGUCCGGUAGGUUGAUUCAUAGGUUUCCGAAUCUCAAUCAUGUUGAUUUGAUUCCUGGUUGUUUGAUUUUGGCGCGGAGUAGGGAUAUUUUGAUGAGUGGUAAUGUUUUGUCUAUGCAUGUUGAUUCGGGGUGUUCGCCAAAUUGGUAUAAUUGUGAGGAGAAUAUGCUUCCUGUUGAGGUUAUUGAUAAUGGGUUGAGUGCUUUGGCGAGUGCUUGUCCGAAUUUGAGGAGGGUUCAGGUGAUUGGUGCUAGUGAGAUGGGUUUGCUUAGUGUGGCGGAAGAGUGUCCUACGUUGCAGGAGUUGGAGCUUCAGAGGUGUAGUGAUAAUGUGUUGCGUGGGAUAGCGGCCUGUGGGAAUUUGCAGAUUUUGAAAUUGGUUGGGAAUGUGGAAGGUUUUUAUGGUUCGGUGGUUACGGAUAUAGGUUUGACUAUUUUGGCUCAGGGUUGUAAGAGGCUUGUGAAGCUUGAGCUUUGUGGUUGUGAAGGUAGUUUUGAUGGGAUUAAGGCGAUUGGGAAGUGUUGUCAGAUGUUGGAGGAGUUGACUUUGUGUGAUCAUAGGAUGGAUGAUGGGUGGUUGGCUGCGGUUUCGUAUUGCGAGAAUUUGAAGACUUUGAGGUUACAGUCUUGUAAGAGGAUUGAUUUGAAUCUGGGGGUCGAUGAGUAUUUGGGUUCUUUUCCUGCACUUCAAAGGCUGCAUUUACAGAAAUGUCAGCUGCGGGAUAAGAAGAGUGUUUCCGCUUUGUUUUCUGUUUGCAGGACUGCUAGGGAGAUUAUUAUUCAGGAUUGCUGGGGAUUGGAUAAUGGCAUGUUCGGCUUUGCAACUGUUUGCAGGUGCGUAAAGUUGCUUCACUUAGAAGGAUGCUCAUUGCUAACAACCGAAGGUUUGGAUUCUGUAAUACAUUCAUGGAAGGAGCUUCAAAGCCUUAGAGUAGUCUCAUGUAAGAAUAUAAAGGAUAGUGAAAUCACUCUUUCACUUGCAACCUUAUUUACCACUCUCAGAGAAUUGAAAUGGAGGCCAGAUACCAAAUCACUUCUUCAAUCAAGUCUUGUGGCAAUAGGUAUAGGAAAGAAAGGUGGGAAAUUUUUUAAAAGAACCCUGACAUGA